AUUCGAUUGACUUCGAAUGGUCACAGUCGGUCCGGUUCGAUAUAUCCACCGCGCCGUGACCGAACUCCGGCCGAGCACCUGAUCGUGGAAAGGGCGGGAAGUAUUGGGGCUUUCGCUGCCCUAAUAAAUAUCGAGCACCUCCUAUUUGUCUGUCCUCUUUCGCCCGAUUACUUCCUUCGUGAAUGGGGAGAAAAAAGAGAUCUAGGGUUUCAGGCCAGGGCAGCGAGGGGAAUGCGGAAGGAGAAGGAGGAAGAGGAGGAGAAGAAGAAACCUCAGGCGCCGGUGAAUCCUCCACUCCUAGAGACAUGAGCUUGUACGAGAUUUUAGGUGUGGAGAGGACAGUCUCUCAGCAGGAAAUUAAGAAGGCCUACUACAAACUGGCCUUGCGUCUUCAUCCAGAUAAAAAUCCUGGUGAUGAGGAAGCAAAAGAGAAAUUCCAACAGUUGCAAAAAGUUAUAUCUAUUCUUGGGGAUGAGGAGAAAAGGGCUGUUUAUGAUGAAACUGGUUAUGCUGGUGAUGAUGCUCUGGUUGGGGAAGCUGCUGAAAAUCUACAGGAGUUUUUCAGAACGAUGUACAAAAGAGUUACGGAGGCUGACAUUGAAGAAUUUGAAGCUAAUUACAGAGGUUCAGAUUCUGAAAAAAAGGAUUUGAAGGAUCUAUAUGAAAAAUUCAAGGGCAAUAUGAAUAGGCUUUUCUGUUCGAUGCUUUGUUCUGACCCAAAGCUGGAUUCACACCGCUACAAGGAUAUAAUUGAUGAGGCAAUAGCUGAAGGGGAACUAAAGACAAGCAGAACUUAUCAGAAAUGGGCCAAGAAAGUUUCCGAAAGUGAACCGCCAACCAAUCCGGUGGUCAGAAGGCAGAAGACAAAGAAACAAGAAGGAGCAGACAUAGUUGCAAUCAUCUCUCAGCGAAGGAGCCAGAGGAAACAGCAAUUCGACUCCAUUCUCUCCUCCAUUGUUGCUAAAUGCGAUGCAAGAACUGAACCGGAACCCACUGAAGAAGAGUUUCAGAAGGCACGACAAAGGCUUGAAAGUAAGCAGACAAAAAACCGGAAGCGUUAGUGUGUGGACAAAGUGUGUUUGUUGAAGUUUACUUGAUUCAAUGUUAUCAUCCACAUCGCGAGCAGAUAAAACUUUUGGAUCAAGUCCUAUAAAUGGGAAGGGAAGAACCUUUUAUUUCAUAUUCCUGUUGUUGCUUUUGUCUCACAACACACCUUUUCUACAUUGUGUUUGGCAUGGUUUGAUGACUAAAAGAAUUUUGGUCGGCAUGAAGACGUAAUUGGUUGUCUCA